AAGUCAGGAAUAUGGCAACUCUGAAAGACAUUACCAGGCGUUUGAAGUCCAUCAAGAACAUUCAGAAAAUUACAAAGUCCAUGAAGAUGGUUUCUGCAGCAAAAUAUGCAAGAGCUGAGAGGGAGCUGAAGCCUGCUAGAGUCUAUGGAACAGGAGCACUGGCUCUCUAUGAGAAAGCAGAAAUAAAGGCACCUGAGGACAAGAAGAAGCACCUCCUUAUUGGUGUGUCCUCUGAUCGAGGUCUGUGUGGUGCUAUCCAUACGUCUAUUGCUAAAACCUUGAAGAACGAGAUUACCAACCUCUCAAACGCAGGGAAAGAAGUUAUGGUGGUUGGAGUAGGUGACAAGAUCAGAGGCCUACUGCAGAGGACACAUAGCAAUUACUUCCUGAUGACAUUCAAAGAAGUGGGACGGAGACCUCCUAGCUUUGGAGAUGCUUCAAUCAUUGCUUCAGAGUUGUUAAACUCUGGGUAUGAAUUUGAUGAAGGCUCUGUCAUCUACAACCGGUUCAGGUCUGUCAUCUCCUACAAGACUGAUGAAAAACCAAUCUUCUCCCUUGAAACAAUUGCUGGUUCUGAAAGCCUAAGUAUCUAUGAUGAUAUUGAUGCUGAUGUGCUGAGAAACUACCAGGAAUUUACACUAGCAAAUAUUCUGUACUACUCCCUGAAAGAAUCCACCACCAGCGAGCAGAGUGCUAGGAUGACCGCUAUGGACAACGCUAGCAAAAAUGCUUCUGAGAUGAUUGACAAAUUGACCUUGACAUUCAACCGUACUCGCCAAGCUGUCAUUACCAAGGAGCUUAUUGAGAUCAUCUCUGGUGCUGCUGCUCUGGAUUAAUCGAAAAAAGCGGUUGAGCCAAAUCCAAGAGGUGAAGAAGAGCUCUUCGAGCAUCUGGUUUAACCUGCCUGUGUCUGUGUUAACAAGACUGCUCUGUUACUUUGUGAAGAAAUGGUAAAGCCCCAGAAAUCUGUAAAUUCUUACAAUAAACCAUCUACAUGAAACAAA